AUGGUGACUGUAUUGGACGAGAGGACACCUGGUCAUGAGUCUGGUGCAGCACUUAUGGCCUAUGGAUCAGAAGUACUACAUGAUUACGUUGCCACACAAUUUGAAACUGCAUUGGGUCGUGCCAUGCCACGGAUGGAAGUACGAUACACGAAUGUAUCCAUUGCUGCUGAUGUGCUUGUCAUUGAAGAAGACGAGAGCAAGACGGAAUUACCGACAAUAUGGAACACGCUUCGAAAGAAUGUUGCCAAGUUAUCGGCUGGAAAGCACGUUGUGCGCAAAGAGAUUUUACAUAAUGUCUCUGGUGUACUCAAGCCAGGUACGAUUACGCUAGUAUUGGGUCAGCCUGGUUCAGGCAAGUCAUCGCUGAUGAAGGUUCUCAGUGGUCGCUUUCCAAUUGAGAAAAAUGUGACGAUAGAAGGUGACGUGACGUACAAUGGCAUCGCUCAGGCCGAUCUUGUGCGACGACUGCCGCAGUUUGUAGCUUAUGUGACACAACGUGAUAAGCAUUUCCCCACACUUACUGUUAGGGAAACAUUGGAGUACGCACACCGUUUUUGUGGUGGUAAAGUGCUGAAGCGGGCAGAGAAGAGAUUAUCAAAGGGCACUCCUGAAGAGAACAAGGCCGCACUGGAUGCAGCGCAAGCACUAUAUGCGCAUUAUCCGGACGUGGUGAUCCAGCAGCUUGGUUUGGAAAACUGCCAGGAUACUAUUGUAGGUAAUGGCAUGAUUCGUGGUGUGUCGGGGGGCGAGCGCAAACGAGUAACGACUGGUGAGAUGGAGUUUGGCAUGAAAUACGUGACGCUUAUGGACGAGAUUAGUACGGGUCUCGACAGUGCUUCAACCUAUGACAUUAUCAAGACGCAACGCAGUAUGGCCAAGAAAUUGCGUAAGACGGUCGUGAUUGCGCUACUGCAGCCUUCUCCAGAGGUAUUUGAGCUGUUUGAUGAUGUGAUUAUCCUGAACGAAGGCGAGGUCAUGUACCAUGGUCCGCGCGAUCAGGUGUUGGACUACUUUGAGAGCCUGGGUUUCAAGUGUUUUACCGAGCGCGACGUGGCCGAUUACCUGCUGGACUUGGGAACGGACAAGCAAUACAAGUAUGAGUCGACGCUGCCUUUGGGGAUGGACCACUAUCCGCGACGGGCGAGCGAGUUUGCGGAGCUUUACCGUUGCUCAAGCAUCUACCACGAAAUGCUAAGCGACACUGGAAGCUCCGCACGAUUUGCAGCUACUACAGAAUAUUAG